AUGGACUUCCCCUGCCCGCUCCCCCCAACACUGUUCCUGAGUGGCCCCCUUGGUCUGAGCAACGCCCCUGAUCUAUCCUCCUUGUGUAGCUGGAAAGAUGCACUGACCCUGCCGGAGUGCCCGUACCCGAGUGGCCAGAACGUGGCACCAUGCUUGACGGGGCACCUGCGAUGGGAGCCAGCGACGCCGGGGCCCUUCCCGCUGCUGCCCCCUAGUCCUGAUCCCUGGGACCCAGGACUGAAUGCCCAGGACCUGCUUUUCCGGAGUAGUGACCACUUCCGCAGACAACCUCGACCCACACUGGAUGUCACUGAACAGCUCAGCCACUUCCUGUGGGACCAUGGGGACAUCGCAUUUGGGCCCCUCGGAAGCCUGCUGCAGGAGCACUUCAAACUGCAGGGAGCACGGAGCCGCUCAAAGAAGAAGACUGUGGUCAGUGUGCAGCGGAUGUUCCAGGACCUCGGUGGACACCAGCCCUGGGGGUGUCCUGGGGCCUCCAUCAGCACCAAGCAACGCCGCUUCUCCAUCCUCGGGGCCCCGAUCCUGGGCAAGUGGGCGACCAGCCUCCUAGGGGAGCUGUUGCAGGAGGAACUGGCAGGGCACUGGAGGCAGCUGCUGCUGGACGACACCUUCACUGGGGGUGCCCUAGCCUGGCUUCCUGGGAACACAGCCUCAGCUGGGCAGCUGGUCUACCCCUCCAGCGGGGCCCUGGACACAUUGUGUUUCCAGGAGGUCAGUCUGACCCCAGGUGGAGACCCUCAGGUCCUUGGGGAUCCAGGUCACAUCCAGCUCCGGGGACCCGUCCGUCAGGUAGUGACACGCACUAUCCAGGGAGAAGCUCUGCUGGGCGUCCGCUCAGACUACCACUGUGCCGUGUGGAAGGUCGGUAAACAGGGGCAGCCAGCCCCCCUCCAGGUGCUGCACGUGGAUAAAGGAGCUACAGGCAUCAGCCUCAGCCCUCACCUACCCGGGGAACUGGCUGUGUGCAGCCGCUCUGGAACUGUCUGCCUGUGGACGCCCCAGGACGGGCUACAGCAGGUCUACAAAGACCCCGAGACCCUGGUGUUCCGGGACCCCUCUCCCUGGCGCUGGGCAGACUUCACUGCCCACCCCCGGGUGCUGACCAUUGGGGAUCGUACGGGAGUAAAAUUAGUAGAUACACAGGGCCCCCCGGGCAGUGGUCUGCUGCUUUUUCGUGGAGGUGCAGAGGCCUCAUGCCAGAAAGGAGAACGCAUCCUGCUGGUCCAGUACCUGGGGGCGUCUAGCACCCCGUCUCUGAGCCCCACCCUCCACCUUGUCUGCACCCAGUUCUCGCUCUACCUGGUGGACGAGCGUCUUCCCUUGGUGCCCAUGCUCAAGUGGACGCAUGGCCUGUCAUCUGCACCCCUGCAUGCCCAGCUGCUGCCUGCACCCCGCCCUGGAGCCCCGCGGCCCCUGCUCUUGGGGGGUCAGGGCGGCCAGCUGCAGCUCCUGCACCUCUCAGGAGAGGAGGCCUCCACGCCCCGGCUGGCCGGGCCCCCCCAGUCCCUCCCAGCGAGGACUGAUGCCCUUUCGGGGUUCCCCCUUCUGGACCCUGUGGAGCAGCACAGGCUGCAGGAGCGGCUGAGGGCGCCAAGCACAGGUCUGGUGGCCGCCGUCCCACCCGCCUCGUCCACACCUGGCCUGGCUCUCUUCCACCUGUCUGCGGCAGGGGACCUGUUCUAUCAGCACCUGUACCUCCAGGAGGGCCCUGGCCAUAGCGACACAGACCUCCCCAGUGACCCUAGUCCUGAGCCCCGAGUGCCCACCACAAUGUCCUGGACCCCCCACGCCACUGCCCACUGCAGCCGGUGGCUGGAGGCCUUGCUCAAGGUGCCUAGGUCCUCCCCUGUGUGGACAGUGCCCACCUUCUCCAUCCGCCGCCACCUUCCUGGCUACAAGGAGCAGCCUCGGGGUGAGGGGACAGUGCUGUCUGCUCUGCGCUCGGCCAUGGCCCAGGGGCGGCUCCUGCGGCCAAGGGACGCGGGCUCUCUCCUCGUGGCUGAGCCGCCCCCGGCCCCCGAGUCCAGCCCCGAGGAUGAGCUCAGCGAGAGGCUAAGUGAGGCCUGGGAGGGCCGGGGCCGGGCCUGGUGGAAGCGCCAUCUGGACCGGGGCUCAGGCCUCAGACACCAGCCCCGAAGGCACAAGCGCCGCUCUCAGCUCUCCAGCACCUUCUCCUCGCUCAGCAGCCGCUGGGACUUCUCCGAGGGCCCCAGCCUGCCACCCAGCCCUGACCAGGCCUCCCCCGGGCCCCGGCCCCCACCAACACCCCCCUCCCAGGACCUGAGCCAGGAGCCGUGGGCUCACAGUGUCCCCAAGGAGCGAAGACAGACACUCCGGGACUACAUGGCCAGGCUGCCCCCUUCCAGCCCCAGGGCCACCUCCACGCCCCCCUCCCAAGAUCUGACCCAGGAACAGCAGCAGAGCCUCCAAGACACCAUGGACAAGCCACUCCCUUCCUGCCGCAGGACCACCUCCACGCCCCCCUCCCAGGGCCUGAGCCAGAAACAGCAGCAGACUCUCCAAGACAGCAUGGACACGCCGCUCCCUUCUGGCCCCCGGGCUGCCACCGCACCCCCCUCCCAGGGCCUGAGCCAGGAGCCCUGGGCUCGAAACAUCCCCAAGGAGCGACAGCAGACACUCCAGGACUCCAUGGUCAAGCUGCGUCCUCCCGGCUCCAGGGCCGACUCCGCACCCGCCUCCCAGGCGUCCACCAUCUGGAGCACCCCCUCCAGACAGCAGCCGCCCCGGAAGAAGUCCCGCAUGGGCUUCUGA